UGGUCCCGAACAAACUGAAAGUGGGUGUUCGUCUUCUUCUCACCUCACUCCAUCUUCUUCCAAUUCCCUCCUCAUCCUCCCCUUUCUUUCAUAUUCCUUUUCACCCCUUCUUUACUCCCCCCCUAAUUCGAGAUGAGUACCGAAACCAAUGGUGCUGGCGAGAGAUUCGCCAUUGGUAUCUCUUUCGGCAAUUCCUCCAGUUCAAUUGCCCGUAUCAACCCUGAAGGCAAGGCUGAAGUUAUUGCCAAUGAAGAAGGAGAUCGUCAAAUUCCUACCGUUCUCUCGUACAUUGACGGAGAAGAAUACCAUGGUUCUCAGGCCAAGGCACAGCUUAUCCGCAACUCCCAGAACACCGUUGCCUACUUCAGAGAUUUCGUUGGCAAGAACUUCAAAUCGAUAGAUCCCACUCCUUGCCACAACUCUGCUCACCCCGUCCAGACCGACUCCACUGUCGCUUUCUCGAUUCGUGAUACUGCAAGCGAGACCCCUAACACCGUCUCCGUCUCCGAGAUUACCACUCGUCACCUCCGUCGCCUGAAGCAGUCUGCCACCGACUACCUUGGCAAGGAGGUCAAUUCUGCGGUUAUCACCGUUCCUACUGACUUUACUGAUGCUCAGCGUGAGGCUUUGACCACUGCUGCCAAGGACGCUGGUAUUGAGGUUCUGCAGCUCAUUCACGAACCUGUUGCAGCUGCCCUCGCCUACGACGCCAGACCAGAGGCUGUUCUGACCGAUAAGCUCGUUGUCGUUGCUGAUUUGGGCGGAACUCGCUCUGAUGCUGCCGUCAUUGCUUGCCGUGGUGGAAUGUACACCAUCCUUGCUACUGCUCAUGACUACGAACUAGGAGGAGCCAACCUCGACAAGAUCAUUAUUGACCACUUCGCCAAGGAGUUCAUGAAGAAGCACAAGACUGACCCCCGUGAGAAUGCUCGUGGACUUGCCAAGCUCAAGCUUGAGGGCGAAGCUACAAGAAGGGCUCUGAGCUUGGGUACCAAUGCUACCCUGAGCAUUGAGAGUCUUGCUGACGGAAUCGACUAUGGCUCCACCAUCAACCGUACCCGCUUCGAGCUGCUUUCUAACAAGGUGUUUGCUCAGUUCACUGGCCUCAUUGAGCAAGUCGUUAAGAAGGCUGGUUUGGACGUCUUGGAUAUCGACGAGGUUAUCUUCUCCGGUGGUACUUCCCACACCCCCAAGAUUGCUCAGUUAGCCCGCAACAUUUUCCCCGAGACAACCAAGAUUCUUGCCCCCUCCACCGAGACUACCGCCAUCAACCCAUCCGAGCUGGCCGCUAGGGGUGCUGCCAUCCAGGCCUCUCUGAUCCAGGAAUUUGAUACCGAGGACAUUGAGCAAUCCAUCCACCCCAUGGUCACUGCCACCCCCCAUCUUAGCCACGCGAUCGGUGUUGAGUUCUCUUCCGGUGAUGCUACCGAGUUCCAGCCUCUUCUUAACACUGAAACUGCCCUCCCUGCUCGUCGCGUUGCUCUGUACAGCGUCCCCAAGGCCGGUGGCGAUGUUCUCAUCCGCGUUUGCGAGGGUGUCCGUGAAAUCAAGAUCACCAAGCCCGAGCCUAAGCCCAAGGAGGCGAAGCCCGCCAACGAUGCCGAAGAUGAGGACUCCGAUUUCGACUCCGAUGAGGACGAGGAGGAGGAGACCCGCGAGAUUGUGUGGAAGACCCAGAAGCCCAUUGCUGAGCUCGCUGUUAAGGGUGUCAAGGCCGGUGGCAAGGUUGAGCUCAUGGUUCACAUCAACUCUGACCUGGGUCUGCAAAUUACUGCCCGUGAGGUUGGUGGCCAAAGCGCUGUCCGCGGUGCCGUUGAGUCUCCAUGAACACAAUCAAUUUGAUCCUCUUUUCUUAAUAUUCUCCUGGAUCUCAUCAUCUUUCAAUACUACUGGCAUUUCGCAUAUCCUUGCGUUGAGUGGACUUUCUUAAGAUAUCAGAACUCGACUGGGGGAACCGCGAGUUUUGUCUAUAUUUUUUAAGGGGGACGAUUUCCUUUCCGUUAUCCUUUUGCAAUGACUGUUUGACGACGAAUGUAUCAAUGAAGACUCUACAAAAAGUAUAUAAGAGUAUAUUGGGCAAUAUAGAAGACUCAAUAGAUUGGAGUAUUUUUUUUUCAACCCUUCUCUAGUUCAUGAUAGGCCAUUUUUUGGACUUUUUUGGGGGGGGGGUUCUCACGCUCUACUAUAUAAAAGCAUUAUCAUUAAAAUAAGGCCAGUGAUUGUUACUACCUUAUUAUAUUACAAUUAUUCUUAUACCAAACAUUA